CGCCGCAACUCACGUGACUAGCCGCGGCUUCAUAACAGGGAUGUACUCCAUAAACUGGGUUGUAUGACUUUACUCGAGAAGAAAAUCGAUUUCAUUAACCGUGUUUGGAUCUGUUUUACAAAAUGACAGUUUGUGUGUUUUUUGGCUGUACGUUCAUCGCAUUCGGUCCUGCGAUUUCAUUGUUCAUAUUUACUGUGGCCAGAGAUCCUUUGAGGGUUAUUUUUCUUAUUGCUGGGGCCUUUUUCUGGUUGGUCUCCUUGCUGCUCUCCUCUUUAGUGUGGUUCAUCGCAGUACAAAUCAGCAAUAAAGAAAAUGCCUCUCUCCAAAAGGGUCUUCUUAUAUUUGGAGUCGUGUUGUCAGUGUUCUUGCAAGAAGCCUUCCGUUUUGGCUAUUACAAAUUGCUGAAGAAGGCUAACGAUGGUCUAAUGGCUUUGAACCAAGAUGACACAAUGCCUAUUUCAAUUCGGCAACUUGCAUAUGUCUCAGGCUUGGGUUUCGGUUUUAUGAGUGGAGCAUUUUCAGUUGUCAACAUCUUAGCAGAUUCUCUUGGCCCCGGCACAGUGGGAAUUUAUGGCGAUCCUCCACAUUACUUUGUAUCUUCAGCCUUCAUGACAAUGGCCAUAAUAUUACUCCACAUGUUCUGGGGAGUUGUAUUUUUUGAUGCCUGUGAGAAGAAGCAGUGGUUGUCACUGGCUGUGGUGGUUUGCACGCACCUGCUUGUGUCCUGUUUGACUUUCCUGAAUCCACAGUACGAAGGCAGCCUCAUCCCAGCCUACGUCAUUGCGUUUGUGAUGGGAGCCUGGGCAUUCUUCAUUUCGGGGGGAUCACUUCGCAAUUUACGGCUCUGCUUGACAUGCAAAGAUAAAGACUUCUUACUGGCAAAUCACCGCCCGAGAUAACAAUUGGAGAAAAUGGCAUUAAAAAUAAACCAACAGGAACUGGUUACGCUGCGGUGACAGCCAUUUUACUUGUAUAACAGGUUAUUUUUUCUCACCUGUUGUUGCUUUGCUUUUUGUGGCAAUAUUCAAAAGAUAUUUCAUUUUUUCUUUAGCUACAUGUGGGAGCAACAUCUAAAAAAGAAAACAGGCCGUUUUUAACAAAGCUUGAAUGAAUAAGCAAGCAAGUCGUACUGGGCCAUAGGACAGAAUCGACCAGAUCUCUCUUUUCUGGUGGAUAAACGACAUUCCUUUACAGAUGUUUUAUUUGAAUUUUGUAAAAUUCAUUUGUUCUUUUAUUUACUGUUUGACGUAUUUGAUUCUAAAAUAUAAAUUGGUCGGCCGUUCUCCUGGUUUUUUUUUUUUUUCUGAUAGUGGUACAUUAAUCAAUCAAUGCGCCAGGCACAUGUCUAAACCACAGUGCCGAUUGGGAAAUAACUUGGCUACCAUUCUUGUUUUAAGAUAAAUAUUCUAAUAUUUCAAUAAAAGUUUAGAUGGCCUUAUUGUUUGCUUAAUAGCAAUUUUCUUAAAAAAAAAAUCACUUUCAAGUCGCAUGUUAAACCUUUAUGUCGAGUUUGAGAUUUCUAAAUUCAGCCUUAAUUUGUCCUCCGUGAUGCCCAUACAAGUAUGUGGAUGGUUUGUACUUUAUAGGAGCAGAGAUGUUUAAAGAUGGAUUUGUAAAGUGUGUGCGGAGGACAGUACCUCAGUGAAAACUCCUGCUACGUGUAGAAUUAUUUUCUCUCAAGAUAACAUUUAUCAGAGAUUUUUUAAAUGUGUAUAUUUUGAAUGAAUACUACAUAACCUGCAGGGUUUAUCGUCAAGAUUUAGGACCCAUUUUGCAUACAGAAAACUUAUUUCACUAAUUUUGCUUGUUAGGUUGAUUUAUUCAUCAUGUUUAUAAUUGAUUACAUUUAGGAAACCUCCAUGACAGACUGCCAAAAGCACGAGAACACUUCAAAUUUUACUGACGGGGCUGCUUACGUUAUGGUAAAUGACACGUGAAUCUAAGUUAGUAUUACAUUAGUAUCUAAUUUUAACAUAACAAAACUUUGAUUACUAAAUAAUGUCCAAGAAUUUUAAAUUUUAUAAAUAAACAACAAUCCACAUUUGACCACUUUAUGUAAUCAAAUCAUGCUGUUAUCUAAUACACAAUAAAUUUUUGUUAAUAACUAU